UUAAUAACUCACCUCACUCAGCUGAUCGCCGUCCUCUGAGUCGGUUUGAGUAAAUUUGCUAAUUUGGUGCAAACUGUUUGAUCAAUAAUAAUUUGCUGCCUAGGGGAUAAUUUGAAGGUGUUGAAACACCUUAAGUGUUGGAAGUGCACGCAAGUCAUAUAAUCCACAUGUCAGCACAACACACGCUUUGGAGCUGCCGCGACGAUGGCAAACUUUUUGGAGCAGUUGCCGAAGCACUUGCAGGAGAUUGCAGAGCGGGUCAACGUGCGAACUCCAGAGGCAAUACUAACUACGCCCAAGGUCAAGUUCCUGGACACACGGUUGUGUGCAUUGGACACUUGUGUGCAUAGCUGCACUCCAGAGGAUGUGCGCAUUCUGAAGGACGCAGCUGCCAAGUGGCUGGCCGAAACGCCCGCAUCAGCGGAUUCACUCUUCAGACCACCCGCUAGUUUAAAGUGGUCCCGUUUGACAUUUGGUUGUGCCUCGCUAGAUCGCUGCACUGGUGGCGGUAUUGUAACUCGCGGCAUCACGGAAAUCUGCGGCAUCUCGGGCUCUGGCAAGACACAACUUUUACUGCAGCUUUCUCUAGGUGUUCAGCUACCUUCAAGGCUGGGCGGCUUGGGCAAAGGCGUGGCGUUUAUCUGCACUGAGGAUAUGUUUCCAUCUCGGCGUCUGUUGCAGAUUUGCAAGGCAUUCGAGGCACGUUAUCCAGAGGAGCAGCUCAACUUUCUGGGCAACAUAUUCAUAGAGCAUCAGUACGAAAGUAAACCAUUGUUAAACUGUGUCCACAAUCGACUGCCUCAGCUGCUUCAGGAGCAUAGCAUUGGACUGAUCAUCAUUGACUCGGUUGCUGCCAUAUUCCGUCUGUAUACAGACUUUGCGGAACGAGCCCGGGACAUGCGUCGUCUGGUCAAUGCAUUGCUAACUUAUGCAGACAAAUAUCAAUGCGCUGUGGUCUGCACCAAUCAGAUGACUGCCAGUCUUAAUGCGGAUCAGCAGGCGUCGCACGAUGUGCCCUGUUUGGGUCUACAGUGGGCAAAUCUGGGACGGACCCGCAUGCGCAUUUCCAAAGUGCCCAAGCAACACAAAGUGGCGGAUAAAUUGCUCACCGUGCGCAAAUUGGAGAUCAUCUAUUCGCCUGAGACACCAAACGCAUUUGCCGAAUUUCUAAUUACCUCAGAGGGCGUCGUGGAUGUUCCUACGAUGCCACAACCCAUGCCAAGAUCAAAACAAUUGUGAAAUGAUAUAACUUAGUUUUGCUGAAUUGUUUAUUUUUACUUUUUACUUUUUGAAUUUAAAAUAUGUAACGUCUGCUGACCCGCGCUUUUCUUAAUGUGUUGUUUUAACUUUUGUUUUCUAAGCAAACACUCACAUUUAAUAUACAUUUUUAUUUUCCAUUCAAUUGUAAUUUACACUUAGAACUGUAGUUUAUGGUAUAGUUUAGUAUAGUUAAAUUAAGUUUGUAAUUAACAUGACUUCACCAAUUGUUGUUGUUGUUGUUGCUGUUGUUGCUUCUUGUUAUUGUUGAAGCUUUUGCUGUUAUUAACGCGCUUUUUUUCGCUCUCUAUCUGUCUACCUCUUUCGUAUACUUUAUCACAUGAAAUUUCCGAAAGUUCAAAUUACAAUUAUUACACAAUA